CUUCUCCCCUCCCCUCCAUCAUAGUUUAUAUAAAGCAGAGAGCCCAGCAGGGAUCUGUCUCUGACACAAAACACCUGAUUUUCCACUGUUUUCUUUCUCAUCUGUCUGCCAACAUGACUUUUGUCGCUCCUCCAGGCUACCAGCCCGUCUACAAUCCUAGAAUUCCCUAUCUUGGCCCUAUCUAUGGAGGUCUAAGGGAGGGAGUAUCCAUCUACAUCCAAGGAUCUGUUCCUGAAGAUAUAACCAGAUUUCUUAUCAAUCUUCUUUCUGAAGAGUCUGAGUCCGGUGACAUUGCCUUGCACUUCAACCCUCGAUUUGAUGGUUGGGAUAAAGUGGUUUUUAACAGCCGUACGAAUGGAUCUUGGGGGUCAGAAGAGAAGAUCCGCAGGAUGCCUUUCUCCAAGGGCGAGGCCUUUGAGUUGGUCAUCAUGAUCACUUCAGAGGGAUUCCAGACUAAUGUCAAUGGAAAGGAAUUUUUCAUGUUCCCACAUCGUAUUCCUGUGGAGAGAGUCCGGGCCAUCCAGGUUGCAGGAGAUGUUUCCAUCCAAACUAUUAACAUCAUUGGGGGCUCUGGAGGUGGUACGGGCCCUGGAGGAAUGGGGGGAGGAUAUCCAGUAGGAGGAAUGGGAGGAGGAUAUCCAGUAGGAGGAAUGGGAGGAGGAUAUCCAGGAGGAGGAAUGGGAGGAGGAUAUCCAGGAGGAGGAAUGGGAGGUGGAUGUCCUGAUGGCACAGGGGGAGGAAAAGGCGGAUACCCAGGAGGCCCUGGAGGAAACAUGGCCGGAGGAUUUCCAGGAUCUCAUCUGCCGGGUAUGGGUGGGCAGCCCGUCUACAACCCAACUGUGCCCUACUACGCUAUGAUCCCAGGAGGGAUGUGCCCUAAGAGGACCAUCAUCAUCAGGGGCAUGGUACCCUAUGCAGCAAAGAGGAUGGGGUUCAAUUUAGUGGUGAGCAGAUCCAGAGACAUCGCCUUCCACAUGAACCCCAGAGUGAAGGAAGGCGUUGUGGUGCGAAACACCAGGAUAGGAGAGAAGUGGGGCAAGGAGGAGAGAGAGCUCACCACAAAUCCCUUCGUAGAGGGACAGUACUUUGAUAUGUCCAUUCGCUGCGGGAACCAGAGGUUCAAGGUGUUUGUGAACGGGCAGCACUUGUUCGACUUCUCUCACAGAAUCUCCUUCAAUGAGAUCGACAAGCUGGAGAUAGAGGGAGAAGUUCAGAUCUCCUACAUCCACUUCUGAUCCGCUCAUUAUCUAUGCACCGUCCUUCUUUAUGUCACAUUAUGCUUUCAUUUUACAGUCUAUGUCACCUCAGGUUAUUUUUACUUGCUGUUUUAUUUUUCAGUUUGCAGCUACUUAAUAAAAAUUCCAAUUCUUCAGAACAAAUGAGAAUAAAUCACCAGGAUUAACGUUCAGCAAAAGAAUGUGUCUUUGAAUUUAUUCAUUUCUUAUGCAAAAAUACUGUAGAAAAGAUUCUCAAAUAUUGACAAUAUCAAAGAAGUUAUUGUAUAAAAUCCUUAAAAAUGUAAAAACACCAAUGGAACAAACAAAUAUUCAUCAAAAUGCAAAA